CCGCGGCCUUCGCGCUGACGCUGCUGCUCGCCGCGCUGCGCCCCUCGGCCGCCUACUUCGGAAUUGAUCGGUGGCACCUACGGGAUUCGGGAGGCCCUGAGGAGCCCUGAGCAGAAAACGCAGAAAUCAUACCAGAACAUCCAGAACCAGACCGGAAGGCAAGCAGGACGGCCUGGGACAGAGGAGGAUAAAGCAGCUCUGUGUCUCAGAAGACCACACGGCGGGUCCCAGCGCAUCUGAAGACCGUCAGCGGUGAUCACGGCACGGGCGCAGUGCGUGCGAAGGCCAGCUGCCUCUGACUGGUCUUACUUCUGGGGGUGACACAUCAUCUCUCCUGGAAUCUGGCACUGACUAACAUGGGGUGGACCACAGGCUGACAGGCAGCGAGCCCCUGACCAUUCUCCCACUGACCCUGGAGCCUGAGGCUGCCGCCCAGGCACACUACAAGGCGUGUGACCGACUGAAGCUGGAGCGCAAGCAGAGGCGCAUGUGCCGCAGAGACCCAGGCGUGGCCGAGACGCUGGUGGAGGCGGUCAGCAUGAGUGCGCUGGAGUGCCAGUACCAGUUCCGGUUCGAGCGCUGGAACUGCACGUUGGAGGGCCGCUACCGGGCCAGCCUGCUCAAGCGGGGUUUCAAGGAGACCGCCUUCCUGUAUGCCAUCUCCUCGGCGGGCCUGACACACGCUCUGGCGAAGGCGUGCAGCGCCGGCCGCAUGGAGCGCUGCACCUGUGACGAGGCCCCAGACCUGGAGAACCGUGAGGCCUGGCAGUGGGGGGGCUGUGGGGACAACCUCAAGUACAGCAGCAAGUUCGUCAAGGAGUUCCUGGGCCGGCGGUCGAGCAAAGAUCUGAGAGCCCGCGUGGACUUCCACAACAACCUCGUGGGUGUGAAGGUAAUCAAGGCCGGGGUGGAGACCACAUGCAAGUGCCACGGAGUAUCGGGCUCCUGCACCGUGCGGACAUGCUGGCGGCAGCUGGCGCCCUUCCACGAAGUGGGCAAACGCCUAAAACACAAGUACGAGACGGCACUCAAGGUGGGCAGCACCACCAACGAGGCCACGGGCGAAGCCGGCGCCAUCUCUCCGCCUCGGGGCCGGGCGGCAGGGACAGGCGGCGGCGACCCACUGCCCCGCACACCAGAGCUCGUGCACCUGGAUGACUCGCCCAGCUUCUGCCUGGCCAGCCGUUUCUCUCCGGGGACCGCCGGUCGCAGGUGCCACCGGGAGAAGAACUGUGAGAGCAUCUGCUGUGGGCGUGGCCACAACACACAGAGUCGGGUGGUGACACGGCCCUGCCAGUGCCAGGUUCGCUGGUGCUGCUACGUGGAGUGUAGGCAGUGCACACAGCGUGAGGAGGUCUACACCUGCAAGGGCUGAGCUCCCGGUCCGGCCCGGCCUGGCUGGUGCAGGGUAGAGGCUGUGCGUGCAGCAUUGGGUGUCUGCACUUGCAGGGGCUGAGCCCCCGGUCAGACCCAGCCCGGCUGCUGUAGGGUAGAGGCUGUGCGUGCAGCGCGGAGGUGUCUACAUCUGCAGGGGCUGAGCCCCCGGUCUGGCCCGGCCCAGCUGCUGCAGGGUGGAGGUUGUGCGUACCGGGUGAGGGGUCUGCAACUGUAGGGGCAGAGCCCAUGGGCUGCGGCCCUCAGCACACUUGGCACAUGGUGGCAGGAGCCCAGACAUUGGCUGACUUGGCUGUCUCUGCCCUUUGUCCCCCCUCCAGAGUCCCAGAGGUGGGCAGUGGCCCUGGUCUGGCCCCUGCAUCCCCUUUGUCCGCCCCCACCCCCUGACCUGAGAGCAUUGUACAAUGCUUUCCAAACUCUGUCCAUCCCUAAGAGGCCAGUUACUGCAGAGCGACGACCCUCCCUGCUCUGGGCUCCCUCGAAGGAGCAGCAGGUGCACCUUUGUGACCACACAGGGUCCCUGUGCGGCUGCCUGUGGGCUGUCCUGCUCCACCACUGGCUUAGAGAGUCAAACCACUAGGAGAGAGACAGCCCAGCCACCCACGUAUACGGGGGUGGGGAGGUUCCCUCCGGUCCCCUCUGACAUGGAGCGCUUCUCUCGGGAGUGAUAGCGGUGACUUUUAAAUUAUUUUUAUUUAACUAAUAUAUAAUUAUUACUUGUCCAUCCCUGCCCUGUCUCAGGCUGCGGCUCCCCCUACUCCUGGCGGAGCCCGGUCUGGAAGGCCCCUUUCCUCCCUUCCCCUGGUGUCUCCUGCUAACCUCUUUGCCUGAUCUGCUUUGUUGUUUGAAACCACUAAAUCAAGAGGGAUGUUGCUGUUGUUGUUUUUCAAGUAGUAAAGCAGGUUGUGUCUGGUCACUGCCUUCAGGGCUUCUGGGAGCCAGAUGUCUGUAGCCAGGCUUGCUGCCCGCGGUGAGGCUGUCCUGGGAGUUGGGCGGACCCUGCUCUGGGCGACCUCGGGCAUUCAGCCCUGCACUCCAGGCCUUCCUAUGUAGGUUUGGAGGCCACGGGUGGCCAAGGAUGGCCUGCCCUCCCUUCAGGGGUGGGCAUGGCAGAGGGGAAAGGAUAGCCCCUGGGAGGGGUCCUUUCAUAGCUUGCUUUGUGUUACUGUAGGAGAAGGCAGUGGAUGGUGACAAUCUGGGGCUAAGAUUUGGCAAGCCGCAGGCUGUUCUCCUUGGCCAUGCUAUUACCUUUGCAGGGAAGGAAAACAGAUGGACUACACUGAUCUGGUUUGGUUUGAGUGUGUGUGCAUGUGGGCAUGAGUGUAUAUAUGUGCAUGAAUGCGCACGUGCAUGUGAAGUGUACAUGUGCAUGAAGGGACCUGCAUGUCUCUGUGUGUUGUGUGCACGUGUGUGACACGUGUUAUGCGUGUGCACGAGUGUGCCUGUGAGCACAUGGGUGCAUAUGUGCUGUGUGCUACAUGCAUGUGUGUAGGCAUGUGUGUUUGUGAACACGUGCAUCUGUGGUACAUAUGUGCUGUGUGUGCAUGCAUGUGUGUUAUGUGUUUGAACAUUUGCAUGUAUGAUGCAUAUGUGGUUGUGUGUGCAU